GACAUCUGUCUGACAUGUCUCAAUGAAUGACAUGUACAAGGAUUUUGACAGCUUGUGUGUGGUUUUAUUAUUUAUCUCGAUUUAAUGUAGCAAAAGUAAACUGUGAUCUUGUUUUAUCAUAAAUAGUUUGUUUCAAUAAAUAGUAAACAAGUGCUAAAUAAUCAAGCUCAAGGUAAUCAUAGCUGUAGGUUUUCGGAUGGUCUUAUAAUUUUGACAUUUGAUACACAAAUGGGAUGAUUAUUGUUUAGCUUAAGAGAGAUACAUCACACAUAAUAUCUAUAAAAAUGAGUGCUGGCGGUGCACAGGCUAAUAAUAUACCUCCAGGUGUGAACCCUGAGAAUAAUGUGUUACCUGGAGGCCCAAUGAUAAACCCAAAUGCAAAUAGAAAUAGAAAUAACAAUCAGAACCCACUUCUUAAUGUAAGAGAAAGAUUGUUCCAUGCAUUGUUUUUCAAGUUUGCUGUAGCAUAUGCUCGGACUUUUCCAAGGCCGGUGAGAAGAUUCUUUGAAUUUCUAGUGCUUUUGAAAGCUCUUGUGGCUUUCUUUGUGCUAGCAUAUAUCCACAUAGCCUUUUCAAGAACACCAACUACAUGCUUGAAUCACAUUAAGGAUUCAUGGCCGAGGGAUGGAAUUCUGAGAGUGGAGAUCCUAAGGAAUCCUUCUCAAGAUUAUACUAUAGAACAAAGUUAUGCUAAAGAACGCAGGCUCAAGAAGGAUAAAGAGGAUUUAAAUUCUAUGCUUGGGAUGUUAUCUACAGAAGGUUUCAUAAAUAUAGAAUCGUCAACAAGUGAAGAAAUUGAAGAAGAUGAAUAUAUCAGAGAUGGUACAGAUUAUGGGAAUAUAACAAGAGUUCAUGAUGAAAACCAAGAUGAGGCUCCCCCAAAUCAAGUAAUUGAGGCGACUUAUGUAAAUACUGCUGGUCCGGAUCUAAUACCAAUCGAUGCAGAAACUGAUCUGAAUACAACAAUUGUCGCUGGUGAAGACGUGGAACCCUCUUCGUCGAUUUGGGAAGGAAUAUUAGGCCUUGUUGAAGACUUAGACAAAGAUAAUAAGUUGGUUCAUGAAUCCAUUGAUGAAGCAGCUUCUAAUGAUUCUUCUACAGAUGAGGAUUACAUUCUAGAAUAUUCGCUUGAGUACGGAUUCCUCCGUCUAACGCCCAACGCUCGGCUUCGUCUCAAGAUACCCGUGAAGAUUAUCACCCUCGAUCCUCAGAAGGACGAGUGCUUCGGCGACGCGUUCUCGCGGUUCGUGCUUGACGAGUUCCUGGGGUACGAUGACCUUCUCAUGGCUUCAAUCAAAACUCUCGCUGAACAGGAGGAUAAUAAGGGUUAUCUAAGGAACGUGAUAACGGGCGAGCACUACCGCUUCGUGUCCAUGCUGACCGCGCGCACUUCGUACAUCGCCGCCUUCUUCAUCAUGCUCGUCUUUACGGUAUCCAUCUCCAUGUUGCUGCGCUACGCCCAUCACCAAAUCUUUGUAUUUAUUGUGGACCUACUCCAGAUGCUAGAAUUCAACGUGACCGUGUCGUUCCCGGCUGCGCCGCUGCUGACCGUCAUUCUCGCAUUAGUCGGCAUGGAGGCAAUAAUGUCGGAGUUCUUCAACGACACCACAACCGCCUUCUACAUCAUCCUCAUCGUGUGGAUAGCGGAUCAGUACGACGCCAUAUGCUGCCACACCGCUAUCGCUAAACGCCAUUGGCUAAGAUUCUUCUACCUGUAUCACUUCUCGUUCUACGCGUACCACUACCGGUUCAACGGACAGUACAGCAGCUUGGCCCUCGUCACCUCUUGGCUCUUUAUUCAGCACUCCAUGCUCUACUUUUUCCAUCAUUACGAGCUGCCCGUGAUACUACAGCAGGCGCAAUUGCAACAACUACUUCUUCGAUCACACCGAGGUAUGGGGAUGAUGGGCUUAGCAGGCAUCGCGGCGAUGGCGAGCGGAGCGGCUUACCACGACGCACCCGCCACUGGCACCGGUACGCAGGCCACUCCCCCCACCACACAGUCGACCACUCAAACUGUUCAGAACACCGCGCAGUCUACCACCCAAACCUCUCCAUCAGUAUCCACCGUGCAAACUAACACAACUCAUACAGGUGACGUCCUAACGACGAGAAUCAACCCCCCAGAAACAAAUGUAGUGGGAACCAAUACCCCUACAGGCAAUGAACAAGACGAUGUAGCUUUAGUGUCACCUAUAUCAAUAGAUGCAAGAAAUACUGACAGAGAUUUAUCUAUCGCUAAUGGUAAUCGGGACAUUAAAAUAGAAGAAAUUGCAAGACGAAAUUCGGAGACGAAAAAUAUGUUUCAAUCUAAUGAUGCUAUACAUAAUGUUGCUAGUCUAAGCAAUGCAGUUUUGUCAAGUGCAAAUGAACGCUUUGACAACAGCGUUGGAGCGUCUACUUUAGACCGUAGACGGAGUACGUCCCCUGACAGUACUGCAACUCAGCCUUUGCUGAACAACGAACCUGCAGUGGGAGAAAGACUCGCCCCCAGAGCUUCUCCAGAAGCUGACGAUCUAGACUAGUUAAAUUAGCUAAAUAUUGUUAUAAUAUGUACUAUGUUUAGAUCCAUCGUCAAUCGAAGCUUACAUGGAAGUUAUUGAGUCCCUGUAGAUAUUAAAUACUUACUUGAUUUUAGAGUAAAAUGAUAAAGGAACAGAACUUCUUUUUAAGUAAUUAUGAUAAAAUGGCCCGGUCUAUAUAGGCAUUUAAAUAACUUCGGAAUAAUUAAAAUAGGAUAUUAAGAUACUAUCAAUACAUUAUAUCUAUCCACAUAUUCAAAUGUCUGUUCUGAUGUAUAUGUCGUUUCAUUUUCCUCAAAAUAUGUGUAAAUUAGAAUUUCUAGGAUUACACAUCUUCAUCUUGCCAUAGGCGCUGUUAUUUUUCUUUCCUAAUUAUUGCGAGGAUAAUUCUAAUUUCGAAUUCUUUAUUUUACAAAGACAAAUCACAACUCUUAUCCGUAAGGUCCAAAGUCAGCAUACAGCUUCUCAUCGACGAUCAGCAUAAGCAUUUGUAUCCUAAAAGUAGGUAACACUGUGUUCUAGCACUUUAUGAAGUUGAAACAUCAACCCACAAUUAUCUGCAGUCUGAUAAACAGGUUGUUGAUGGUAACGAGUAUGCUUUCGGGCCAACUUAACGUUCCAUUUUCAAUGAAGGGUAUGCAUGCACACCUAAUGCCAAAUGUGUAAAAUUAUAUACAUUCGUUAGGUGCACUAAAAACAUGUGUCCUGCCAGGUUUACAUGCCAUAACGUUGGGUUAUGACACUACAUUAUACGAGUACUUAUUUAAAAGCUUUUGAUUCUAGCAUACGUAGUUGUUGGUGUUUUCAGAAUAUAUCCAAUAAAGAUUCGAUUUGGAAGGUGAUUGUAGUGUUAAGCCCAUUUGCUGUGCUCACAAGCGGCAAUAUGUAAAUAUUUAUACAUCUAAUAAAAACAUUAGGAUAUAUUAUAACAUAGAGUUUUUAAUUUGUUAUUUUGAUUGUGCUUAAACAGUGCAGGAAGACGGCAUACUCUUUUCAGUGAUUUAAUUUAAUGCAAUUAAAUAUUUUUCGUUCA